UGAGAGAACUUCAAGCAGGAGAGCGAAAACACGGGGCAAUGAAAACAUGCGGCGCAUGCGCACUUGAGAAAUGAAGUUGAAUUUGGCGUGGAUGAGGUGAAGGGGUUAGACUUCAGUUGGACUGGAGGAGGCCAAGGCCAAGGCCAAGGCCAAAUGGAUGCCAUCAGUCAGAAAGAGAAUGAGGAGGACACGUGUCUCACAUCAAUGGGGAGAAUCAUUGGCCUCAGAGAAGAGACCAGCUCGAGCAGCGAAGUGAUGGGUGUGGAUCGCAAGGGGGAGGAUUGUGGGGAGUAUGGUCGAGAUGAUGGUGGCCAAAGCAAGAACCUACAUGGUCUUGACUGUGUGGUCCCCACAGCUCACGGGAACAGAAUUCAAGUUGGUCAGAUCAGAAUAGGAUCAGUAGGGAUAGGAGGACGUAGAGCUGCCUUCACAGCAGCAGCUGCUCCAGCAGGAGGAGGAGGAGAAGGAGGAGGAGGAGGAGGAGGAGGAGGAGGAGAUGGAGGAGGAAGGAACAUGGAUGUGAUAGGUUGUAGUAGGAUAGUUGAAGUUGUGGGUGGAAUGAAGGAUGCUUGGAGUCGCCGUGGCGACGGUGGUGGUGGUGGUGGUGAUUGGGACAGUGAUGAUGAGCAUGGGUGGCUGGAGAAAUGUGCAGACACAGCAGUUGCAGUUUCGUAUGCUACGUGGAUGGAUAGUGAUGAGGAAGGUAGGGAGGAGGGUGGUUGCACCUCCUCCUCUGCUGCUGCAGCACCAGCUUUCUCUGGAGACCCCUGGGAUACGUCUAGUUUGUUAGAGGAUUUGACUGUCGAAGCUCCCGUGCCUGGCUUCGAUGCACACAACAGCCUCUUCACCUUUGACCAAGCCGUUGACCUGGCAGGUGAUGAGAGCGAUCCCGAUGGAGACAGGGACGGUCGGGACGACAGCAAGGAGGACGACGACAUGAUGAUCUGGCAACCGGGUGGUGGUCAACCUCCACCACCAUCUGAUGGGCCUGUCGGCGGUGAGCUGCGGUCGGCAUUGCAAAGGGUAACAACGAUGGAUCAAGCCCAGAGAGGCGGCCGCAGCUCGUCUUCGGCUCGUCGCUGGCGUGUGAGUUCCGGUCCACUUGGCCGCCCGUUGUCAGUUCCAGGUCUACGUGAUCAUCAUGGUCCAUCGCCUCAGCCAGCAGUCGGACAUCUUGACUCUCCGAUGGACUGCAACUGCAGUCCUCCUCCGCCUCCUGCUGCUGCUGCUGCUGGUCAUCCUCGUCUGUAUAAUGACGUCAGGGUCCGAAUGGCAGCGACUGCUGCAAUGACUGAUCGUCUCAGCAGAAGAGGGAGAGGGCCUGCUGACGACAGCAUUCCUCCUCCGCCUCCUGCUGCUGCUGCUGCUGGUCAUCCUCGUCUGUAUAAUGACGUCAGGGUCCGAAUGGCAGCGACUGCUGCAAUGACUGAUCGUCUCAGCAGAAGAGGGAGAGGGCCUGCUGACGACAGCAUGUGUGUUCAAAUUGAUGACUAUGCAUCACUGGAAGGAGGGGGGGGGGAUCAUUAUGGGGGUAAUGAUGAUGACAAGGCUGCAAACGGUUCGUUCUUCUCGGUGUUGGAGGAAGUGCCGUGCUUGGUUGUGGGUGAAACUGCGGGUCGGGAUCGGAAUUGGGAGGACAACGGGGUGGGAGAGGAGAGGGUGCUGAGACGGCGGCAAGAAGAUAGGAAGAGGAGAAGGGAGAAGAGGCAGAGGAGAGGGAGAAUAUGGGGUGGUGGGUAUGGCUCGGACAUGGAGAGCGAUGAUGGCGAGAGAUACGUGGAGGUUGAAGAAGCAGCAGGAGGGAAUCAGAGUGGAGGAUCGUGCUCCCUUUCCCCAUCACACAAUGCUCACGAGGUGAAGGAGAAGACUGUCAUCAGUUUGUACCUGAAAACUCCGGCGGAUCUCGAGUCUAGACUGGCACAGGAGAUGUACGACUUGCCGGGGCUGCGCACACAUUCCACGGGGCCCAGCAGAUGUAGCUCUGGUGUGCUGGCAGGAGAAGAGAGUGUUGGCCAUGAUGCUCAUGGGGAAGACGAGAUUGGUCAUAAUUGUGUUCUGGGGACAGAGAGAUUACGUGAGAGCAGGGAAGACACCAGAGGCGAAGAAGAACUAGGCAAUUGUCAAGGUGGCAUAGCCAUAGAAAAUGACGCGAGGGCCGCAGAAACCGCAGCUAAACAUAGAAGGCAAGGUGCUGUUUGCGAGAACAUGACGAGUGGGGAAUUCAUCGCCAGUGGAGGAUGGGUGGUUUGGCCUGCAGCUUCUGAGGAUCUGUUCAAGCUUACCAAAGCCAAUGGACCUGCAGCUUCUGAUGAAUAUCCUGGGUGUUUGAAAAAGUUGCGCUCUUCGAGUGAGAGGCCUUCUGGCAUGUGGACGGAUUGUGGGGAUCAUCCAGAAGGCCAAGAAGCCACUAGCAGCACUGGGGUAGGUGGUGGAGGGUGUUGCAGCGCCCAGAAUGACGGACCAGGGACAGUUGUACAGGAGCAGGCAGGGCGACGGAAAGUCCAGAGUGUUCGGCUUGGACACGAUUUCGAUGUGAGGGAUGCGCACAUCGUCAAGAUUGUGGAUGCUUGGGGCUCGAGUCUGAAAGUGUUCGAGUUGGGAUCUCAUGAGACUGGAGAUGGCUGCUGGGUCACUGAGAUUGCCGUCAAGGCCAUAGCAGCAUCCUGCCCAUUUCUCACCAAGCUUGCACUGCAUUCUGUCACAAAUGUCGGUGAUGCCUGCGUAAAUGACAUUUUUGAAGGAUGCCCCCAGUUGCAACGUCUUUCUGUGACUGGAAACGCCAGGAUCAAGGGGAUGUUGACGAGCGAACUGCUGCGGUCACUCGCGAGUAAUGAACGCUUGGUUCCCGAUCUGCUGGAAAUCGUUGUUACGGACCAACCAGGAAUAGAAUACCACGCUGCACAAGAGUUGAGCAACGCAAGACGAAGGCUGAUCGUGAAGAUUGGCGACACUAGUCAGUAUGAGCACGUUGCCGAUGGGACCGAUGGGACCGAUGGGACCGAUGGGACCAAUAGGAUUUCAACCUUUGGUCCACAGUGUGAUCCCUUCCUGGCCACCUGUUCACAGUCGAGCACUGUUGCGCUGAUGACGGACCUGCUCGCGGUGAAGGUAGCGGCGUUGCCGACCUUGUCAGAGGAUGAUGAUUGGCAAUACCAUGGAGUGCACGACUCUGGAAGCGAUGAUUCCGAUCCGUUCGAGGGCUGCAUAAACGACAUCCAGAUUCUCGAUUUAGGGGCUAUGGAACCUUCAUCUGGGGAGAACGGUGUCCGAGCAAGCGACUGAUUUGUUUGCAAGCUUUUUUUUUGCCGUCGCCUGGAGCAUUUCCAUCGGGUGGGUGAAGGAGGACGGAGCAGGCGGAUGUGCGGCAGCAGGGAAGAAGCUCCUCAGGCUUUGCAUUUCUUCCGGAGAAAACCGUGCUCCAAUUCUUUCAGGUGAAAAUAUUUUGUCCGCUUGGUUUGUGUCUCUUCACUUGCAGUCAAUGAAGUGUUGUUGUUUUGCUUUGGCAUUCAGAUUCCAUCACCAUCAAACAGAGCGAUUUGGCGGCGGCGGGGGGGGGGAAGGGGGGGAGGGGGGGGGGGGGAGGUAAAUUUGGUGAUGUUGCAUUGUCUAUUAAUUGACUGAUUUAUUCAUUCAUUCAUUCAUUCCCCCGUGUGUCAGCUUGUUGGAAGGAUAGGUGUGGAUCUGACUGGUGACGGUGGCGUUACGCUGAAGUGGCGCUGAGGUGAGGGCUGAAGUGACGGACUUUUGAGAAUCAACGGUGGGAUUUCGUAGUAAUAGUAAACAUACCAAUGCUGAUAUAAUCAUAAAGGUCUCAGUUUUUAUAUGCACGCCAUGCGAUUUCCUAUCGAUGUGUUGCUUAGAAAUAGCGCUUUGCCGUAGGCAGGGCAUGCCAUGUCAUGUAUUGACAUGGAGGAGCCAGAAAUAGGUAUUGACUUGAUGUGUUGACUUGAUGUGUUGACUUGAUGCGUUGACUUGAGGUGUUGACUUGAGGUGUUGGCUUGAUGUGUUGCUUAGAAUCAGCGUUACGGCAUAGGUAGGGCAUCCUGUACGUUGAGAUGGAGGAGCAAGGACUGUGGUGACUGACAUUGAUCUAUACGUCUUCUUUCUUAGUAGCUUUCGAUAGCUGUCUAUAGCUAUAGAGUAAGUGUAUACCAAUAGAGGAUUGUCUAGGGUAUAGAGUCCAUAGGCAGCAGGCAACCAAUUGAAUUAUGAAGUGCUCAGCAAUCUACAGCUAUAUACGUCUAUUUUUUAGUAGCUGUCUAUAGCUGUCUAUAGCUGUCUAUAGCUGUCUAUAGCUGUCUAUAGCCGUCUAAAGUUGUCUAGAGCUGUCUAGGCCUAUAGUAUAGAGUAAGUGUAUACCAGUACAGGAUAAUUUAGGCUAUAGAGGUCUAGCAGCACUAGGCAGCCAAUUGUUGCAGAGCGGACACUCUCAGAAUCACUUCGAGCAUUGUUUUUCCAACUUUUCCUUGUGACCAGUGAAAAGGAUCCAUACCUGUGAUGGCAUCGUAUGUUGUGCCUCGCUCCACUGCACAAGCUUGUAAAUGUAUCCAGAGACUAACAAUCGUCCCGAUUCAAUCCGACUUACGGAUCAGUCCUAAUGCAUGUGGUCAACAUUUCCUGUGCAGAUACAUGUAGAAAUGUUGUGUUGUGUAGCAAGUCCCAUUGUAACCUUCAUCCCAUAACUUGGACUUCAUCAACUUGAGAAACUACUCUUCUUCUUCUUCUUCUUCUUCUGACCCUUGCGUUCCCCCCCCCCACACACACACAAAAAAAAAAAAAAAAAAAAAAUUAUCUCCCCUCCCCAGAAAUAAAAUUGCUAUGGCUCCUUCUACACUGGGGACCAUGGAACCAUCGGCCAGCUUGAGGAAUGUUUCAAGGCUCCUUUUCAAACGGCUAACUUGUUUGAUUGGCUAGGCUAUUAAAAGUUCACCCCAGGCUUAAAGCACCAGUAGUACACGGCUACCUGGGCCGCAGACCUGACACUCUGAAUUCCGAGCAUUUGACGUUUUGGCCUCGUUUUCUUGUGGCGACAAGUGUUGGACUGCAAGGCUGGGCCCGUGUACUAGCGAUUAAAAAAAAAAAAAAAAAAAAAAAAAAAAAAAAAACAGGCUUGGAGAAAUGAAAUUUACCCCACUUC